CCCACGUUUACUUCAUCCUCUCCAAUGCUCUCGUCCAUUGUUCGUCCUUCCACUCGCACUCUUUCAUCCCUCCGCACUCUGCACACUACUGCUUCCAGAAUGGGCGUCACUAUCGAGAAGAUCUCCCCCGGAGACGGCAAGACCUUCCCCAAGAAGGGCGACCGCGUCACCAUCCACUACGUCGGCACCCUCCUCGACGGCUCCAAGUUCGACUCGUCGCGCGACCGCGAGUCGCCGUUCCAGUGCACCAUUGGUGUCGGCCAGGUCAUCAAGGGCUGGGACGAGGGUGUCCCCCAGCUCUCGCUCGGCGAGAAGGCCGUCCUUACCGCCACUCCCGACUACGCCUACGGCCCUCGCGGUUUCCCCCCCGUCAUUCCCCCCAACUCGACCCUCAAGUUCGAGGUUGAGCUCAUCAAGAUCAACUAAGCGUGUUGCCUCUGAGCGCGCCGCUUGGAGCAUAGAAAUGUGGUUCAUAGGGCGCGAUUGAGCCGCCGUCGAGAUGAUGUGAACAAAUGAGGUGGAGG